GUUAGUGCUCCUGUUACCAAGCUGAGAUGGGAGGCAAAAGGAAGGUAACCUAGGCUCUUCUUUUGGUCUUGGCACCAAAUUAUGAGCUUCUGUGCUGGUAUUUGAUGAAGUGAGUUGGUCAUGCAAUCUGGACUUGUCAGCUUUGCAGGCUUCUAGGCACAUUUCUUCUCAGCUAUGGGUAGAUCAAUAGGAUUUAACACUUGCAUGGUCACCUGCAGCAUCCUGCUCUUGUCUUCUAGUCUACCAUGUGUUGCAUCUCUGCCACUGAAGGAGAGGGACAUGACAAAGGUCCAGCAUGGCCCCUGGGCAGGGAAUGGGGUUGAAGAUGAAAGGACAAGCAUGUUGAACUUGAAGAAUAACCUGGGCCCUUCUGAGCAGACUAUCUCUGAAAAGCCACGUGGAGUGUUGAUAAAACCAUCUGGGAUACCCUUAAAUGAAGCUUUCACUGCAGAAGGAGAAGUGCUGUCUGUAAGCCUGAGCCAUGUCAUUCCAGGCAUCCAGGGUCUGGGUGAUUAUACCUCUGCUGUGGCAGUGGCUGCUGUUGAUGAGGGUGAGCUUCAUCCCACAAAGUCAGAGCUGGAAGAGGAUGGUGCAUUCAAGGCCAUGCUGACCACAGCUGUGACCACGCUGAACCCUACUGUUCAGGAGGAGUCUGUUGGUGGCCCCAUUAGUGGGACCACCACUGAAGGUGGUGUUGAAGUAGAGCACAGCUCUCCUGGCCUCUUGGCAAACCCUCUUUCUGGGACUGCUGUGGAGGAGGAGGCAGGGAGCAACUCGCACCCCUCAGUGGCACCCCAGCCCACACUGUAUCCCAGCUCUCCCAGGUGGGGAACAGCAAGUGACCACACUGUCAUCCUGACUCCCCAGGCUCAUGGCAUAACUCCUGAGUUAGAAGUAACAAGACCCCACACAGGGAGCCCUCUAAAGUCCCUGGUUGUGCCAGCAUCUGUGGCUGCAAAACAUCUACCUGUGGUGACCUCAGCCUCCCUCCACCUGGAAGCAGGGACAGGUGAAAGGCAAGGAGAGCUGCCUACCAUGGCUGGCACUGUCACUAUCCACACUAUGGACAUGGUGCUACCUGACUGGGAUGACACAAAAGUGAGGGACAUAAGUCAAGGGGGAAGUGUGUCUCUUGAGGAGGUGACAGAGGACCUGGUCAUAACAGAACCAUCCCAGACACCACAGGGAGGUGUAGGGGAGGAAGAGGAUGCAGUAAGAGUGGUGCCAUCCCCAGCAUCCACUCCACCAGCUCCUGAUCUUGCCAAGGAGACCAACUGCACAGCACUGGUGCAUGGGGAGGAAUUGCCAGCAGCUUCCACAGGCCAUGGUGAUGCUGUCCCCACUGCAGACCUGGUGGGUGUAGACAUGGCUGAUCUCAACUCCCUGGAAAACAUAAGUGCAGUUACAGCAGAGGAGGGGAAAAACAUCCCUUCAUUACAGCCACAGGCUGCUGUGGUGACAGAUAUGCAGUCUGAUCUCCUUCCUACUCUGGAAAGCUCAUGGAAAGGUGUUACUCAGGAGGCGACUACAGUUGUCCAGGAGUCUGAUACUGCUCUGUUAGUUGCAACACCAGUGCCUGGUGCUACCCAGGGAGCAGGAGCUUCAAGCUUUCCCCAGGAAAACAGUGGAGAGGACACUCAGAUGGUGACUACUCCUAGUGCUACCCAGAUGGUGGUGGCAGCUGGUACUUCCUCUACAGCAAACAUUCCAGAUGUGGAAGACAUCACAGAUGUUCUGGUCACCAGUGAGAAGGCUGUUACAGCUCCUGGUGGGAUGUCUGCAACCCAGUCUGGACAGACAGAGGAGCCAUCCAGCAGAACUAUGGUCCUGGUAACUCCAGCAUCAAUGGCAUCUUCUGUCAGGAGAACAGCUCUUCCACCUGUGAGGAGGAUCAGUACUGCUGAGACCUAUGGGCUGGACCGCCUGGAGUCAGAAGAGGGUGAGGAAGAGGAUGAAGAGGAGGAAGAAGAAGAAGAGGAGGAAGAGGAAGAUGAGGAGGACAAAGACAUAGAUUUGAUGGAUGAAAGCAUGGAGGGUGACACGGAGCUGCCAGGUUUCAUGCUUCCAGGAGAGACCUCCCAGGAGCCCAUAGCUGGCCUGGAAAACCCUGUGGCCCAGCUGGCUGGGGUGUCCUACCAGGUUCCUGAUGCCAUCGAGUGGGAGCAGGAGAACCAGGGUCUGGUGAGAAGCUGGAUGGAGAAGCUGAAAGAUAAGGCAGGAUACAUGUCUGGGAUGCUGGUUCCUGUAGGAGUUGGAAUAGCUGGAGCCCUCUUUAUCCUAGGAGCACUCUACAGCAUUAAGAUUAUGAGUCGCCGAAGGAGAAAUGGCUCAAAGAGACAUAAAAGAAAGCAGAGGGAAUUUAACAGCAUGCAAGACCGAGUCAUGCUCUUAGCUGACAGCUCUGAAGAUGAAUUUUGAAUCAAAUUGCAGUGCCCUUGUGAUAACCCGUGACUUUUAAAAGAAAGGAGGGGGAGAAAAGGAACAAGCGACUUUCUGCUGCAUCGCUGCUCUCCACCAUCCUGAGCCACCGAGCAGUGACCAGUACACCCUGGCAAAACAGCAUGCUAUGGUCUAUGUGUGCUCCACAGUGAUGUUUGUUUUGAUACAGUAGUAAGAUUCCACAUUCACACCUGGCGCCUCAUUCAGAUCCACAGCGCGUCUUGUUACAGCUGGAGCUGAUCCAUAUGGAUGAUUAUUUUCCUAUUACCCUGGUGUACUGUUUUGGUCCUGGCUGGCAGUAAUCUAAUCAUAACAGCAGCUCUCACCUAACCCAGGAAUGGAAAUCUUUACUGUGAAUGACUUCUGUCCAAUUGAUUUUAAAUGUUACGUUACCUGAGCUAGAGUUCAUUAGUGCUAAUAUUAGCUGCUCUGCUUAAUUAAUGAGUUACACACUUGUAUGCCCUGCCACCUGAGAAGUGCCCAUGUACAGUGUCCUUGAUACAGUUUGAAGCACAUUUCUGCACUCGUAUCCCUCAUCUUUCAACCCUUCUUUCUUCCUUCAGCUCUGCUCCAUGCUUCUUGGAGACACACAGGAAUGGCCUCAACACUUGAUUCACCACAAAAAUCCUAAUCCAUUUUCAACCAGCACUGUCUGUUGCAGCACAAUAAAUACCAGCGCUCACCUACU